GUCAGGAAGGCCAGGUUAUUUUAGGCUGGUACGGUCGUUCGCAUACAGAAUGGUGGCCAUAACUUUGGAGUUCAUGGCUUCUGUUUCCUUAAUUGAUUUUAUUUUGCCUGCUUGAAAUAUAUUUUUCUUGGAUUUGUGCAACUCUCAAUCACUUCUGGAAUCUGUACACUUUUGACCACUACAAGGCUACUGUUGAGUGUUUUGUGCUUCAAUGCUCUUUUAAUUUGUUAAUGAGUGGUCGGAUUAAGUUUCAACAACUGCUUGGAAAAAAUGGAAGCUACGGUGGUAUAGUUUCCAGAACCCUCACAGGCCAAGCCUGACUUCAGCCUCCCAGGAGAUGAACCGCCAGUCAGCCCCUCAGCUCAACCUGCUGCAGAAGUUCUCUCUGCUCCGGCUCACUGCUAUCAUGGAGAAGUACUGCGAACCCAACAAACAUGGCUGGAGCUGGUGAGUGGAGGGCCCUUGGGAGCUGGUCAAUUUAGUUUAUGAAGAGAAGUAAGGUCCCUGACUACAGGGACAAGCAAGUUUUUGGUGUCCCGCCAAUCAUCAAUGUCCAAAUGAGUGGGCAACCCCUACCCCAGGGCAUCCAGCAGGCCAUGCGCUACCUCCGCAGCCAAUGUCUGGAAAAGGUUGACAUUUUCCCUAAGUCUGGGGUGAAGUCUAGGAUCCAGACUCUGCGGAAGCUGAAUGAAAAUCCUCCAGAUCAUGUGAGCUACCAGGGCCAAUCAGUUUACGAAGUGGCUGACCUGCUGAAACAGUACUUCAGAGACCUGCCUGAGCCUGUCCUCACCACCAAGCUCACUGAUACCUUCCUGCAGAUCUACCAGUGUGUCCCGAAGGACAUGCGUCUUCAGGCAGCCCAGGCUGCAGUCAUCCUGCUGCCUGACGAGAACCGGGAGGUCCUGCAGACCCUGCUCUACUUCCUCAGUGACAUCGCUUCUGCUGAGGAGAACCAGAUGACAGCUGGGAACCUGGCCGUGUGCCUGGCCCCCUCCAUCCUGCACCUCAACGUCUCCAAGAAGGAGGGCACCUCCCCUAGAUUAAUCCACCGAAAGGGGGCAGGUGGAAAACCAGACCACAAGGACCUGAGUGAGAACAUGGCUGCCAGUCAAGGGCUCAGCCACAUGAUUGUGGAAUGUAAGAAAUUAUUCCAGUUCCCUCAUGGGAUGAUGUUGCAGUCGCGGAACUCCUACGUUGCAGCAGACGCCCAGCCACUCCCUCUCUACGGCCUGGGCCUGAACAUGAAGGGCAAUCCUGUGGAUUACAGAGCCUACCUGGAGGAUAACAUCCAAGCUGUACUGAGGGAGGCCAUAGCAAAGAGCAAAGGAUGGCACAGUGCCCCAAGCCCAGAGAACACAGAGCUGACCUACAAGAAGGAAUGACUCAGUGACUCUGCUGCAUGCUGAUACUAAUGCUGUCUGUUCUCAUACAAGACCACCUCACAGGCAAAACAUUUCAGUGUUAAAGUUAAUUUCCUGCAAUUCUACUCAUUUUGCCAUGGGGUGUAAAGAACAUUUUGCAGUUUUAAAACUAAUUUCAUGCAAGUCUACACAUUUUGCCAUUGGGUGGUGAGAAAUAUUUGCAGUUUUUACGCUAAUUUCCUGCAAUUCUACACAUUUUUUCAUAUCCGAGUGAGAGUGACUAACAAAAUCAAUGGGGGCCCCCUGGAGGUCAGGGCUCUUGGGCACAUGCCCUGCGUGCCCGGUAAUUUGGUGAUGUUUAGAUAACUGACAAGACUACAUUAGCAAUAAAAAAAAAUGUAGUUGACAUAUGCUAUCUGAGUGACUGUCAGUGACUGACAUAACGAGUGGAAAACUGCUAAUUCACUACCACAUUUCAAAAUUGCACCUUGCACCUUGUAUUCUUCUUUUCUAACUCUUAACAGUAAGUUGAGACUGAGUUCCAUUAAAAAAUAACUACCAAUAAUAAUAAUCAGCCCCCCGCACCUCUCUGAUUCAGAGAGAUUGGGUUAAUUGCAGAAGACACAUUUAAUUUGAAGGCAUUCAGUUGUACAACUGACUAGGAAUCCCCCUUUCCAUAAUAAUUAUCAUUAUAAAUUCUAUAUGUUUUGGGUUGGGGGCUCCCUAGCGGUCAUUCAAUCACAGGAGCAUGUUUGCCAAAUUGAGUUUGAAUUUUGCCCUACAUUGUCAUGACAGUAUGGCCUUCAAUCUUUGUAUGACUGGAAAAUGAAUUUACCAUUUGGCAUAGCUUCUUUUGCUGUUGGAAUGAAGUGAAUCCUGUCCACUUUGAAGAGUGAAGGCACAUUAGCUAGCUUGUUAAAGCUACAGUAUACGGUCCAGUCCUAAACCAUAAAAUCACAAUCCAUUUGGGCCGGUCCAGGCUGACGCACUACUGCAGAGCGGACCUCCUGUAGGAAACCAGCUAUGCAUUCAUUUCUAUUGGACACCAGGUUUUUUUUUUUGUGAUGAUUUAAAUGGCUAAUUGAUGCCUACGCAUUGAUGCCUACGUUGACCUUGAGUUCAUGCAAUUAAUUUGCACCUUGCCAUUUAAACAUAGUCAUAAUUACCAUGAAAAGAAUUAUGCAACGUAGAUUUGUUGUGUGAAAGAUAAUCUACAUGUGAAUGCUAUUGAUAUGUCUUUCUGAGUGGGUGAACCGCCGCUGUUAUUGAAGUACGUAAUUGGAUCAUAAUGUCUUAUUUGCCCUUGUGUUGUCAUGUUUCAGGGGACGAUCACCUGAGUGGUACUGCAAAGUGUUUGGCCAUCUCUGUGCAGUGGAAGUUGCUAGGAUACGGGGCUCCUUCCCUGUGCUCACAGCGAGAGGAACAGAGACAAAGAUUUGAGCUCUGAGAUGGCCAGACAGCCCACCUCAGACACGUGUUGCCUACGGCUCACAAUUACUCAAAUUUAGAGUGCCAAUCUGUAGCAUUAUGCUACAUCUACCUGACAAACUCUCUACAGUGUCAUCAACAUAGGACUGUCAGGAUGUGGACUCUCAUAUUGUACUGAUGUACCAUUAGGAGCGACUGUGGAAUUGGUAGCAAUAUUCUAAACAAGUCUAUGCAUUAACUCACGAUAACAUAUUCAAAAGUACUCUGAAGUAAAUAAAAUAGUUUAUAUAUACAAAAUCCAUUCUUGUGAAAGACUAGAUUAGGACAAUUGUGUUGAUAGCUUUACUUAUGAUACUUACAUAUCAGUUCCCAUUUUAAUGCUGCUGUGAAAGGAGCAAGACUAAAGGCGAGGAUGCUAAAAUGCCAUGGAAUAAUUCAGGAGAGCUCUUUAGCAACCAUUCCUGUUUGUUCUGUAUACUAUGCAAUUUCUUCAUGAUAAAUUCACAGAGCUAAUAUAUUUUACUACUGUGAUUUGCUGCAUCUCAAACAUAAGAAUGGCACCUUACCUUGCUACUUGAAUAGCUAACCCCAGUAUUGAUGAUACUUAGAUGUAAGAGAGAAAAGGGUUGCUUACUGAGAUACCUUAGUGGGUGGUAGUGAGCUUUCUUAUAUCUCCUAGAUAUCGGACAGACACUUCAAAAACGCAUUCCUUAUGAUAUAUUUUUUGGUCUCUCUGUUUUGCCAUUUAUUUGUGUGUUACUCAAUGUAUUUCUAUGGGCUAUAGUAGUAAAGGCCAAAUUCAAUAUUUUAUCAAAUAAGGUUUUUAUAUAUUUUUUUAUACUGACAGGGGUCCUAAAAUUCAAAAUCAAAUAGCUAAAUGAUCCAUGGUAUUACCAUCUUAAAACAAUUCCAUAUGUUAGCUUAGUAGACCCCCCUCCCAGGCCUUGCUUUGGCUAUACACUCUCAUCAACUGCUUGUAUUACUCAAGUGUUUAUCAUCACACACUGUAUGUUAAACAUCUCAAGAGGGGGCUCUACUCUGGACUUCAUGUUAUGUCUCUUCCUUUUACUCCUAUCUUUAUAAGUCUAACUGGUUAACCUCCUCUCUCUUUAAUUUAGCUGCUGAGCUCUAGGGAUCAGUCCUCUUCCCCAGAUCUUCAGAAGUUUAAAAAUAGGAACAGAGACAUUUUUUAAAUUGGCAAAUAUCUCUUCACCAAGGCCCAAACUAUAAGAUAUAAGCGCGGAGCUCAAACGAUAGAAUAAAUCAAACUUUGAUGUCAGUUAAAUAUUUAUUCAUGGGUAAUUUGCUAUCACAAUGAGGAGGGGAAAGGAUUGUAGCAUGCUCCACAGUGGACAGACAGCCCGAGCUUUAGGAAACGUUAGUGUAGCUUGCUGAUUUACUGUAAGUGUGGCAGGUAGCCUAGUGGUUAGAGCGUGGUUAGUGGUUAAACCGGAAGGUUUCUGGAUCGAAUCCCCGAGCUGACAAGGUUAACAUCUGUUGUUCUACCCCUGAGCAAGGCAGUUAACCCACUGUUCCCUGGGUGCCGUGGAUGGUGACUAAGGCAGCCCCCUGCACCGCUCUGAUUCAGAGGGCUUGGGUUAAAUGUGGAAGGCAUUCAGUUGUACAACUGACUCGGUAUCUUCCCUAUCUAUUGUGUCUCAGUAAUCAGUGUUUUAUUUAUGUCUGUUGAUGAUUGAGUCCUUAUUUGAGUCGUAUGAAUGUGACUACCAGUAUGUAAGUGACUAUAAGUGUCUGUAGAGAAUGUAACCAUGGUCUGUUGGGCAUGGGAUGAUGUUUUGUUUGAUCUAAUCUUAAUCCGAGUUAUGCCAUGACUGAAUGCCUUUAACCUUUUUCAGUGUUUUCUUAUGCCAUACGCUUUACAUACAGUACAUACACUAGUAACCAGUGCUCUUAACUGGAAUUACGCCCAUUGAAUAAUUGAAACAAUUGUGUGGUAACAAUAACCCUAAACACAGUUCUGUGAACUACAGUGUAUUUUUAACUUAAUAAUUUUUUGUAACACAUAACAAGCUGUUGUACUUAUCAUUGAAGCAGUAGUAAAUAACUUAACAUCUUAGUCCACAACGUCGUUAUCUAAUUUGUCUCAUCUAUUACUCUUUAUUCUCCAUUUACUACCUAUUUGUAUUAUACGGCUCUGACUGUAAACAAAUUACAAAAACAAUAGAUUUGUUGAAAUGUGUAUUCUCUCCCUAAAUCCCCCAGCCCCUUUUUCACCACCAUAAUUUGUAUUCUUGUUUAUUUUCUUGUCACAGUUGAGCUUGAAGCAAGCCGUAUCACUGCAUCAGAAUGUGAAAUUUACCAAAUGUCACACACUAAAACCUGAAAAAUAUCACUAAUUUACACCGUUUCAAUUCCAUAUUUGUGGAUGUUUUUUUAUUAUACAUUUCUACAAUUCAUGUGCAAUGAGUGUACAAAUCAUUAAGAACAGAGGCUCUUUCCAUGACAGACUGACCAGGUGAAUCCAGGUGAAAGCUAUGAUCCCUUAUUGAUGUCACUUGUUAAAUCCACACUUCCAAUCCACGGUUAAAGAAGGAUUUUUAAGCCUUGAGACAAUUGAGAUGUGGAAUGUGUAUGUGUGCCAUUCAGAGGGUGAAUGGGCAAGAUAAAUUAAAGAUUAAAGCGCCUUUGAUUGGGGUAUAGUAGUAGAUACCUUGCAGAGACCUGUUCUGAGGGAAAAAGGGGAGGGGGGGUGUGCAACUCAAUAUUAGGCAGGUGUUCCUAAUGUUUGGUAUACUGUAAUUUGGGUCAGGAAAAUACGUUGAUUCUGCACAUCUGUGUUUACUGUAACUGUACAUUAUGUAUUCACAAAACAUUUGGCAAUAAAUUGGUUCCCAGAGAAUUUG